GUUUUUGUCCAUCUAUCACAUCUUUUAGCAAGGUGAAUGCACCGUGGCAUCUGAUACACCAUGAAAGGCACUUGCAUGACUUCCACAGAAUGCGUCUCGAAUGGUGGUGCCGCUGAUGGGAAUUGUGCCUCUGGUUUCGGAGUAUGUUGUUCCUUUGUGGUGAGAGGUUGUGGAGGAACCGUCGCCCACAACUGCACCUAUGUUCAGAACACAGAGUUUCCAGCCACUCGCGCGGGAGGAGAGACCUGCAAAUUUGGAUUCAAUAGGAUAUGCGAUACCGGGACAAUGCUGCACGGGGAUUGUGCAACCAGUGGGGAUUUCCUCACCGUUGCUAGUCCCCGCGGGAAAAUCCCCGCCUGUGACGUGUGGAACAUUGACAGGCCAACACAUGUAUCUUGAGACUGGCUCAGCUGGAGGGGCGGGUAGUAUCGACAUAAAUUAUGGAUCUGCCAUCUCAACGAGAACAUUCAAAAUCAAAGUCACUUUUUAUCAGUGCGACUCCUUGAACAAG